AUCGGUUAUUGACUAUUGGUACUCCGUUAUAGAUAGACCAUCUAAGUAUUGAGGACUGGUGGUGUGAUAUAGAGCGAGUCUAAAGCCAUCAGAGCUAUAAUCAUCGCAGAUCUGGUAUCCGAACCGACUCCUCGUUGCGAGCCCGUCCUCCAUAGCUCUGAUUUAUCUGAAUUAUUCUUUAGAAAAUUUCCUUGCCCCCUAUUGACCCUGAUCGUCCAUAUGCUCACGGUCUCAAACAAGUUCCAUCUCCACCGUCCACUGACCUCACCGUGGAACCGACUGCCUCCUCCCCCGUCUGGUCUCGCCCUCUCCUGGCCUUUCGUUCGACCUCCUUCCUCUCACUCUGGCUUUUGAUUCCUCUUGCACCCGUGCCAGAUCCAUACAAUGGCAUCCGUCGCUAAAUACUGGUAAUUAUUCUUGUCGCUUUCCUUCUCCGUCUCCUCACCCUUUCGUUUGGAAGCGAUCUCGCGUUCUGGCCCUCAACCACGUUGGCCCAGACCCAGGGCCCUUCGUCAUCGAAUGUCAAAGCCAAACGGCCGUUCUUCUCCCCCUCUUUCUCGUUGCUUGAGCCACUCUUCGUUCCGAACUUAUCUUUUUCCUCCUUUCCUCCUCCUCUUCUUCACCUCCUCCUUCCCCCCUCCAUCUCGUCGUCUCCAUCCCGGACUCCGCCACUUGGUCCCCAAUGCCUCCCUUGCUGACGGCGCAACCCAAUAGAACGCGAACCUUCCAGUAAAAAAAAGUGCGCCGCCAGUGGCUUGAUAUGGGCUCCGUUCUUCUCAACCUGCCGUCGAAUCAGAUCGACCGCUAUUCCACGAUGCUGGGAGGUGCCAACGCGGACUCGGUCUACUCGCGCACGUCUCAGUCGACCCCAUCGGCCCAGUCGGCCCCGGCCUCCUCCAGAUCGAGAUCCUCCUCCGUCAACAGUACUGGCACCCCCACCUCGACCACCGCCCCGCCUGCCUCUGGCUCGGGCUCUACUCGGCUUCCCGCACUGCCAAACGAUGUCCUCCCCGCCUACAUCCAAUCUCAGACUCCUUCCUUACCUUCCUCGAGAUCGACUCCCUCCCAUCCUCCCUCCCGCCCCCCGCCAUCGAUGACCUCACACUCCCACUAUGGCAUUCCGCCCGACCACCCGUCCCACUCCAACUCCCACACGCCCCAGUAUCCUCACCACUCCCAGAUGGGCCACCAUGCGGCAACAGCUUCCAUAACGUCGGCACCCAACCCUCAUCCCCAGGCCUCUCCCGAUUCUCCGCGCUUACAGCCCACUUUCCGAUCCAUGCAAUCACUCGGAGGUUCCGAGGCAAACUCUCCCAGUCGCAUCCGGGUCCGCAGCUUGUCCCACAUCCAGAGUCUGGCCAGUGAAGAAUUCCUGCACCAGUCACAUCGAUCCCAUCUCCCCGGUCAUGGAUCCCAACCCCGGCAGUUUGAGAUCAGCUCCAUGCCCGUGACGGACAUCAUUGAGAUGGUCGCGGGUCUCCUCACCAAGAUCACGACGACCAAUGACAUGCACCAUGAACACGUUCAUCGCCACAUCCCUCCUCCGGACGGAACCAGCAACCUCAGCCCACAGGCCACGAGCGUGCUUGCUUUUCACGGUAAGAACGUGCCAAGCAUCACCAUCCUGAGCUAUCUCACUCGCAUCCACAAAUACUGCCCAACCACGUACGAGGUAUUCCUUAGCUUGCUGGUCUACUUUGACCGCAUGACGGAGCUAGUCAAUCGGGACCAACUGGGCCACGGGCAACAUCAUUAUACCUCCACCCCCGGUGAACUAUCCAGCUCGACAUCGACCGAGUCACUAGUGACGGACUCGCGGCAUCGAGAACAGGAUUCUUCGAUGGUGACGCCACCAUCCUCAACACGCAUGACGGGCCAGGACCCGAGUCCCAACUCCACCAUCUCACCCGCCCUGUACCCCCAGGGUGAAGAUGACAACCUCUCCCAUUUCUUUGUCGUUGAUAGUUUUAAUAUCCACCGACUGGUCAUCGCAGGCGUGACCUGUGCGAGCAAAUUCUUCUCUGAUGUCUUUUACACCAAUUCACGAUAUGCAAAGGUUGGCGGUCUUCCUUUGGUGGAACUGAACCACCUCGAGCUUCAGUUCCUUAUGCUCAAUGACUUCCGACUCGCCAUUCCGGUCGAGGAACUAGAGUCCUACGGAACCAUGCUGGUGGAGUUCUAUGCACGUGAGAUUGUGGCCCAACAGCAACAGCAACACCAAUCCGUACCUCGACCCAUCAAUCCCGCAUCGGAUUCUGCCGCCGAUGCCAUGUACAUGCGAUCCCGCGACAAGCGCCAGGAUCAACCGGACUUCGGCCAGACUCCGACUCCACCUUGAUCCCUGCUUGCAUACCCGCCAACCGCCCCCGACAUGAGCAGCUGAGUAUGGGGGCCGCAGAUUCGUUCACCGACCUCUCCCCAACCCAUUCCGUCAUCCAUAUGACUAGCAUAUUAUACCACUUCUAUAUUUGGAACGCUGAGCGUUUGUUCGCCAUUUCGGAAACCCUUCCCUCUUAUGACCUCCCCCCCCCAAGGCGCCUAUCUUUUUCUUAUCCCGAACUCCUCGAACAUGCGAUUUGCGUCGCGCAUCUACACGUCAUGACCUGCAUAGAUUUGGUUUUGUCGGCGCGGUUCGCGCUGACUGGGUUUUUCAUCCCUGGUUUACUUUUUUCUUUUUCCCCUUACCUCUCUUCCUCUUUCCAUCUUCUCUGCUACCGGGUUUCCCAUUACUGCUAUUCCCCAUCUGCAAGACUUCAUACAUUACACCAUCAAUGGGCUACUUUGUCGAGUCGCGCUUUCUUCUCGUGUGUUUCGGGCUCGGACCCCCUUUCUUCUGAUCCUAUUUUUCUCUCUCUCUCCAUUCCAUCGCCCGUUGUUCUCUGUUGCGAUCGACAUGGUUCGGUGUUGAGGGCGCUUUCCUUCCUCUUCUUUUCUCCGGUCCCUUUUAAGUCUUUCGCUGGCGAUGGGGCUGCAUUUGCGUUGAAUCUUUUCACUCUUCUUCUUAUUGGCGUGUCUUUCUAGCGGUACUGGUAGGAUUGGUUCUAGGUAGGACUCUUUGUCUAUCUCAUAUUACUCUUUCCAUCUGGA